GAGCAUUGGCCUCCUUGAAAACGCUGUUGUGGGUAAAGUGAUUGGGCGGCGGCUGCCUUUCUUUGUCCUGGAAUCCGAAAUCAGGAGGCAAUGGGGACGCUUUGGGGACUUGCAGAUCUCGACCAUUGGGACCGAUUGUUUUGCCUGCACGUUUGAUUCGUUGGAGGCUAGGGACGCUGUCUUGUGCGGUGGCCCAUGGUUUUUCAGCGGCAAUAUUGUCGGACUUGACCGGUGGACACCGGAAUUCUCCCCGAGCUCCUUGGAGGGGCUGUCAUCCCCCAUUUGGAUUCGGCUACCGCAACUUCCACUCCAGUACUGGGAUCCAGAAAAUCUGAUCAGAAUUGCCUCCAUGUUGGGGGAACCGCUUUGGAUCGACGCGCAAACAGGCGCACGCGGUAGACGUGAGUAUGCUCGUAUUUGCAUUAAAUUGGACCUUGCACUGAAGCUACAAAGUGGUAUUUGGAUCAACGGGUGGAAAGGGCGUUUCUACCAACGGGUUGAGUAUGAGGGGCUUGGUCUCUCGUGCUUCGAAUGCGGUCGUGUGGGCCAUCGAAGGGAUACUUGCCCAAGCCGCCCCGUUAGGGGGGAUGACAUGAAUGCUGACAUUUCUCGGGGAGUCCAACCCGGGGCUGGACGGGGUGGUGGCUCCAGCUCGGGUAGUGGCAGCAAGUCGCCGGAGAGUGUUGCUGCGGCUGUGGUGGGCACGAUCACGCCUGCCCCUGUUUCGAAUUGCUCGGCCAGCUCUUCGGGGUCUGGGAGUUCGAGAAUUGGCAGUGCUGGAAGCUCUCAGCCUGCGUCGGCGGUUACUCGGGAGGAGAUGGUGAAAGACAAUGGUCCACCCGAUUUGACGGAGGAUGAAAAACUCUUUGGCCCGUGGAGCUUGGUUCCCCCGCGUAAGGGGCGUAAGCAGACCAAGAAAACUCCUGCUUCGGAGCCGGGACCACUGGGGGAGAAUAUCCCUAGACAGGUCAACUUGCUUGAAGUCAAGGAGCCCAUGGCAACGAGGAUGAAGGAAAACUUUAGGCCGAGCAAGGGGGACAAACGACCGGGACUUACGCCGCCGCUGCUGUUUUCGGCUGGAGCAAGGCCGACGAGACCGAAAUUGGGGGCCUCUAAGGCACACUUUGACAAGGAAUUGAGGGCGUUGGGCCCUAUUGAGGAAGCCCCUCGGAAGAGGAGGAAGGACGGAGGUGCACCUACUAGCGGCGGGGACGCUUCCCCUAUAGGUGUUUAA